AGUCACGCGUCACACCCACAGACCCAGUCAGACCAGUGUGUGUCUGCUCCACAUAAAUGAUCCGCGCUGUUGGUCGGUUCUUAUUCACCCACACUGACCUCAGAGUUUGGGAAAUCUGCUCUUUGAGGGGAUUUCGGGGGUUUCUGGUCUGGUUGAACCUUUUACUUUCACUUUCAUCGGUGGUUUGUGAGCAGAGUGUUCUCCUGUCGUUCCCAGGGAAACAUCAGGAAAACCAGACACCAGCCAUGGCCUCCAUCUCCAGCUCAAACACAGAUUUUGCUCUGGGGCUCCUUCGCACUCUGAGCCAAGACAACCCCACCGGAAACAUUUUUGUCUCCCCGCUGAGCAUCAGCUCCGCUCUGGCGAUGGUUUACCUGGGAGCUAGAGGAGACACUGCUGCUCAGAUGGCACAGGCCCUCUCAUUCAGCUCAGUUAGAGAUGUCCAUACAGACUUCCAGGAACUCAACAGUGACAUCAACUCAAAAUCUGCAUCCUACAUCCUGAAACUAGCCAAUCGUCUUUAUGGAGAGACUACAUCCAACUUCCUCUCUGAGUUCCUGGAAGCCACACAGAAGUUCUACAACGCAGACAUGAAGGCUGUUGAUUUCAUUGGAUCUGCAGAGGCCUGCAGAGCAGAGAUCAACACCUGGGUCGAAGAACAGACAGAAAAUAAGAUUAAGGAUCUUCUGAAGCCGGGCACUGUCAGUACCAUGACCAGACUGGCUCUUGUCAAUGCCAUCUACUUCAAAGGGAAUUGGAUGCACCGGUUUGAUGCUGCAAACACCAAAGAAAUGGCCUUUAAAGUCAAUCAGAAUGAGACCAGGCCAGUCCAGAUGAUGUACAAGAUGAAAAAGCUGCCCUACAACUACAUCCCUGAGCACGGUCUGCAGAUCCUGGAGCUGCCGUACGUGGACGAUGAGCUCAGCAUGUUCAUCCUGCUGCCUGAGGAGUCCGACCAAGGCAUUAGCCCUCUUAACAAGCUGCAAGAGAACCUGACACAGGAGAAGCUGGACGAAUGGACCAACAGAGAAAACAUGGACGUUCACUCCGAUGUCAUUAUUCACAUGCCAAAGUUCAAGCUGGAGGAGGACUACGAGCUGAACGACCCACUGGCUAAAAUGGGGAUGAAGGAUGUUUUCUGCUCCGCGACGGCCGAUUUGUCAGGAAUGAAUGGUGAGGGAGGACUGUUCCUGUCUACGGUGGCCCACAAGGCCUUUGUGGAGGUGAAUGAGGAAGGCACCGAAGCGGCUGCAGCCACGGCGGGAAUAGUGUCUUUCUGUAUGCUCAGAGAGGAACACUUCACGGCAGACCAUCCCUUCCUCUUCUUCAUCAGACACAAUAAGACCAAGUCCAUCCUCUUCCUCGGCAGGUUCUCGUCUCCUCAGUAGACACCACCAGCGGAGAGAUGUUGCACCAGCUAGAAUAGAAAACAUAAUAUCAUCAUAGUUUUGCACUGAGAUUAUAUUUUAAUGAAUGUGGUGUGAUUAAUUCUGAUAGAAAUUGUUUGGGUAGUAUUUUUGCUAUUUAAUAAAGUACCACCAGCAGCUACAA